CUUCAGGGCGAGAUCAACAGGUAUAUUGGGUUUUGACCCUGUAGGCUCCUCAGACAUGGCAGAAGAACUCACUGCUCCCCCAGUGCUCUCGACACCGGACACGUACAUCCUGAACGAAGGCAUCCCAGAGGCUGUGCGAAACAAUGCCUCAGAAAGUCUGUCUGAUGAGGAAGUCAAUGUCAGAUAUGAAAUCGACAGAACGAUCCAAGAAAUUCGCGGCAGGAAAUGGCGACGAGUAGCUUUGCAAUUCCCCGAUCAUAUGCUUCCACACUCUGCUCGGGUCUACCAACUCCUCUCGCGGGGAUUGCAAGCACCAGCACCGGCACCGACAGGGAACAUCGCCACGGAGCGCCCCGAGCCACUCGAGACUGAUAUGGGAAGUUUGAGUGUCCACGAGCACAACGGGCCCGUGAAAUUGACUAUCCUCGGCGACACCUCAUACGGAUCUUGCUGUGUGGAUGAGAUCGCGGCCGAGCACGUCGAUGCUGACGCUGUCGUUCACUACGGCCGAGCCUGCCUUUCGCCAACAGCAAGGCUACCAGUUCUGCACAUCUACACCACCAUGCCCCUGGACUACGACGACGUCGUGGCCAAAUUUCAACAAUCCUACCCAGAUCCGAACACAAAGGUCAUUUUGACCGCAGACGUACCCUAUUCGGCGCAUGUAUCUCCAUUGACCCAGAAACUACAAGCCUCAGGCUACUUGGACGUCUUCGCGGCUUCCAUCGUCCACGACCCGUCAUCUGCUAUACCCAAUAGAACACUUCCUCCGGCCGUGUCGGAAGACCAAACACGAUUAUCCGAAUGGAGUCUCUUCCACAUAUCCGAUCCGCCGACCUCUCUUUUGCUCACGCUGACAUCUCGCCUGUCUCAUGUGGGGAUCUAUAGCACCCAAGGCUCUGGGUCCAACAACAACGCCACCACCACAGCAUCAACAACUCUAGAAAACUCUACUCGCCUUCUCCUCCGCCGUCGAUACGCCCUGAUCACUUCCCUGACAACGGUACCGAUUUGGGGCAUCUUGAUCAACACCUUGAGCGUCAAGAACUACUUGAACAUGUUGACACACAUCCAACGACAAAUCGCCGCUGCUGGAAAGAGAUCCUACCUCUUCGUCGUGGGCAAACUCAACUCUGCCAAGAUUGCCAACUUUUCUGAAAUAGGUGGAUGGGUGGUGAUCGGAUGUUGGGAGAGCUCCCUCGUCGACAGUAAAGACUUUUACAGACCAAUCAUCACCCCGUUCGAAUUAGACUUGGCUCUCCAACCCGAUGACAAACGCGUGUGGACGGGCGAGUGGAGGGCCGACUUUGAUUCCGUUCUCGAGGAUGCCGCGAGGCGUGAAGUAGCGGAGGAUCAAUCUGAAGAGCCAGCGGACGACCAGCAUGGAGAUGUCGGGAUCUCGUCCGACGGUUCUGAAUCAGAAUCUGAGCCUCCCGAGUUCGAUUUUCGAACAGGUCGGUACGUAUCUCGAUCUAGGCCUAUGCACAAGACGACGGCGACCCGACGCUCGGUGGCUUCGUCAUCCGCUGCUGCUAAUGGUGGUGCACCUUCGACGGCGCUGACGAAGCGAUCAAAAGGCGACGUCAUCUCGGCCAACGGCAUUGUCUCCCCUGCCGCCGAAUACCUGAAGGAGAAGCGAGGCUGGACGGGUUUGGGGAGUGAUUUCGUAAUCAAAUACGAGGAAGACGGAGACGAAGCUGUGGAAGGUGGUCUCGUUGAAGAAGGUCGAACGGGGAUCGCGCGCGGCUACACGGUCGGAGAGUCGACUCGAACGUGAAUUAGUUUUGCGUGAAAAGGAAAAAAAUGAUAAUGUGCACUGAGGAAGAUUCGAUAUUUCAAGGUACGAGCAGUCUCGCCAGGUGCACUAUGUCCUCUGUAUCCUCAAGUUUCCAGCACGACUCGAUGACAGCCUUGGUCUUUUGAGCGCCAAUGACAGGAGCUGCCUGGUCAGAGAACUUCUUCUCGAGCUGUUCGAUGGUCAUUGGUCGCGCCACAGACCCUGUCGCAUGUUCAACGUGGAACGACUUCUCUGCCAGUCCCGCGCCUUGAGCCGGUUUAUACUUGAACGUCAAGUACGCCUCGUCGUCCCUCACCUUGUCGUCCGUCGUGACAUUGAUCUUGUCUCUUACUGCUCUGACCGUCGCGUCUUGAGCGGCCACUUCGUCCGAGAACUCGGCUGGGCCGGCCGCUCCGUGAACCAGGCCUACCGCGCAACCGUGGUACAAGGAAAAGAUGGUCUGGAGUUGGGUCUGGGGAUGUCUGACUGAACAUAACCGUACGCAUUGCGGGUUAACCACGGCCUCGAUCGAUGCCAGCUUCAUAUGGAACGGUUCUUUCCCGCCUGCUGCGACGGCGUCUUGGGAAAAGUACCGAUGUGCCUCUAGACAACCGUCGAUGAGCGGGUGGAUUACAAUACCACACGGGUACGGCUUGAAUGUGUUCUCGAGGAUCUGCCAUGAUUUGCCCCCUUCCUCGGCAAGGGCCGACACUCGACUUUCAUCCACAGUCGUCGAAACCAGUUUGAGCCACGAUUCGAUCGGUCUCGUACAGCUCCCGAACCCUUGGGCCGCCAAUCUCGCUGCGAGGAUUCCGUUCUGCGCUCCUCGGCCCAUGUGUAACGUCUUGCUGUCUACACCGAACAUUGCGCGCAGACCCCCUGCCAUGGUCGAGGCAUGACCCAGGGCUGCAGCGAAUUGCGCCGAAUCGAGCUUCAUUGCUUUUGAGAUGGCAGCCGCCGCUGCAAAGUGUCCAGUUGUACCUGUGAUGUGCCUGUUUGAGAAGGGGGGUUUUUCGGUCAGCUAUAAUGGAUCUACGCACAACCAUUUUAUCCGUGCGAAGGAGCGACGACGGCUUGUACUCACCAACCAUCUUUAUAAUGACUGGGCCCUAAAGCGUUGCCCACGGCGCACUGCGUCUCCAAGCCGGCGACGAAUGCUAGGAUAAAGUCUUUGCCUGACAUGGGAUGCAUUUCAGCCCACGACAAGAGCGCGGCGAGGGGUGUCCCCGAAGGAUGAAUGACGGUGCGUAGAUGGGUGUCGUCGUAAUCCGCGGUCGUUAUGGAGAUGCCGUUGACCAUGACCGCGGUGUCGAAACUGGUUCGUUCACGGUGACCUAGUAUCGUGCAUUCUUCGUUUGUUUGGGUGGUGGUAUUGGACGACAAAAGUGCCUUGAUCGCUUUGGUCGCAGGUGAGGCGUGGCAUGAGCCCAAGCCGCAUCCGAGGGCGUUCAGAACGGACCGUUUCGCCUGCUCGAUGACCUCUCGUGGCAGUUGAUCAUAAUUCAGUCGUGCCAGGAAGUCGGCCAACUUGAAAGUGUGGUCUACGCUGUCCAUGGUUUUUGUUUUGUUGUCCAUGGGUCGACUUCUCAACUAAAUUUCCCGACGCAAACUUACCGCAGAACUUUUUCCAUCGAGACCCUAAAUGCGAAAUAUAUUCGAAUAAACGGAGACGACACCCACACGUAUGUUUUCUGAUUUAUGGGUGUAAAAAGUACCAGAGGUCGACAGCUGCCACCACUUCCAUUUCGGACAACCUCCACUUUCCCCAAUCGUGAGAAGUGGAUUUGGAGGUACGGAGUAGUUACACUACAAUAUCCCGAACGAGUUGCGCUGUCAGAGGACUCUUUUGAAAUGGGGGUUGAUAUUUCGUACCAAUGUCGAAGGUAUUUUAUGUGUUGAGAUAUCGAAUUAUAUAAUAAAAG